GAUAGUUCGAAAAUUUGUGCUUAGUUGAGAAUUUGUUACUAUAUGUUCUGACCUUUGUAUUUCUAAUAUGCCUGUUUUUUUUAUAAACGGAAAUAUUUUAAUAUUUCUAUUUUGAGGAAGCCAUGGACACUUCUGUGUUCCCAGAUGAUAGUAAUGUUGUAGUUUUACUGUUUUAGGAAAUUGAAUAGUUUAGUUUUCAUUUGCUAAGCAUCCUGAAAUGAUUUUAGAAAACAAACUUACUUAUUUAGUAAUAUUUUUUUUCUAUUUUGUGGACUUGCCUACCAUAAUCUUGCUGGAUUUCUUUUGGCAGCUGUCUAUAAGGUAGUAUUCCUUUCAUUUCUGUCCGGUGCUACCCCUCCCCAUCCUCAAACGCGCAAAAAAGCAGAGCCCAGAUGGUGAUAUCAUUGAUUGCAUCCAUAUUUCUCACCAAAAAGCUUUUGAUCAUCAUCAUAUCAAGAACCACACAAUUCAGAUGAGGCCAAGUUACCAUCCAGAAGGGCUGUUUAAGGAUGGAGAGGUAAGCAAAGAAAAGGAGAGUGGGAAUGAUGGGUCAAACCUUAUUCCUCAGCUUUGGCAUUUGAAUGGGAGGUGUCCAGAAGGAACAAUUCCAGUUAGAAGGACAAAAAAAGAAGACCUUUUGAGAGUGAGCACUAUGAAGAGCUACGGAAAAAAGAUGCUGAAAGGUGUUCCUAAACCCAGGUCUGCUGAACCUGAUUUCAUUUCCCAAAAUGGACACCAGGUAACAUUCCUCAUUCAUUCUGGAGUCUGGACAUCCUAAAAUAACAUGAAGAUGGGAUGAAUGAAAAGCUGUCAAUAGAAAACUGAAAAAGUAGUUCAAAUGUAUACGAUGGAACCAUUUACUAAGUAGACACUUGAAAUAAAUCAUAAGUUGAGCUUCAAUGGUCACAAUUUCCAUUUGCCACACCCGCCAAUGCUCGCUGAGUGAAGGAUAUUACAUAUUGCACAUCAACAUCCAAAAUCUGGUGGUGAAUCACAAACCUGGUCAUCAUUUUCCUUUUUGAAUUCUUGAAGCAGAAUAGGAUCAAACUGACAAAGUUCAACACAGCUGAAUCUUUCCACUCACCUCAGACAUUCCCCAUUUUUCGACAAUGGAUGAUUAGUAUGACUUCCAUGCAACGACAGAAGAAGGGAUAGUGAAUGCAACAGCUUCACAGAUUGUUGGAAGAUAAAUUUUAGUGUCUAGUUAAGGCUUCACCGAGUUGGCCGCCUAGUUGGUGACUAAUCGGCGCCUAGUCCGCCUAGGCGCUAGGCGGUGCUUGACCGCCUAGUUGGUGACUAAUCGGCGCCUAGUCCGCCUAGGCGCUAGGCGGUGCUUGACCGCCCGACUAGCGCCUAGCGACUUUUAGAACAUUGGUUGUAACUGUUAGUGAUGUAUUUGAAAUAUUUCAAGCUUAA